UCGCAGUUUGCUGCGAGAUCUACACCUCACAAAAGCAGCUCGCCAACUUGAAAUCUAACCCGAGAGCGCCGUCGAAGUACGUCGGCCAUUGACUACCGACUGUCAUGGGCAAUUUCCAAAAUGGCAGAAGCCGUGCAGAUGUUUUUGUUCCUAUUUAAGUCAAAGUACAGACGAAAAGGGACGCGGAUAGACUUUCUGUGCGGAAAUUUUGUAACCUCAGUUUUAUCAUUUUUCAUUAUUUGUGCGGUUUUUAAUAACGUUAACAGUGUCGCUAACAGUGGUGUCAUCGGGGACGAGGCUACCUGCAAUCUAGAUUCUUGCGUUAACGGUGACUGCGUUAAUGGAACCUGCGUGUGUCACGACGGAUGGCAAGGGUCUUCGUGCCAAUAUUGCGGUGGUAAAGUGAGAUUGACCGAGCCUUCGGGUAGCAUUCACGACGGCAGCGGGAAUUAUUCGAUAGACGUAAAAUGUUCGUGGUUAAUAGACACUGGUGCAAAUUCUUCGAUAAGGAUGCAUAUCGAGGAGUUUGCUACGGAAUGCGGCUGGGAUCAUCUUUACAUAUACGAUGGUGACAGUGUUAACGCCCCUUUACUCGGAGUAUUUUCCGGUCUGAUGCACAAAGAUGGCUACCAUAUCCGUAGGGUACCGGAAGUUAUAGCGAGAUCCGGAAGUGCACUGUUACACUUCUAUUCGGACGUCGCUUACAAUAUGAGCGGAUUCAACAUCACUUACAAAGUCAACGCUUGUCCGAGCAGGUACUCCCACAUAGACUGCUCGGGACACGGAGUUUGCAUCGAGAGCGUAUGCACCUGUGACGCAACCUGGACCGGUGAAGCCUGCGACGUUCAAGUUUGCCCGAACAAUUGUUCGUACGGCAUAGGGCAAGGAGUCUGUGACAGGGAGAGACAUCAUUGCGACUGCGUUCACGGAUUCGAAGGGGUCGACUGCAGCCAACGUAGCGAACGUGGUUUUUGGGAGGCCGUCUCGUACAAAGAUUUUUCGCCGGAGGGUUCGGCCAGUCACUGUUCCAUCGUUUGGAGGGAUUCGCUGUACAUCGUGGGUGGAGAAAGUUACCACAAAGGGAAGAUGAUUUACAUCUACGAUUUCAAUGGAAACAUAUGGGAAACUCCGCACAUCGAAGGUAGACUACCUCUGCCUCGUUACGCGCACUCGUGCGUCUUGUUUGGCGACAAAAUUUACAUGUACGGUGGCGUCAUACAAAAUUCAACCAUCACCAACGAGAUUUGGGCGUUCGACGUUUCGGCCAAGGUCUGGGAGAAUGUAACCGUGCACGACAACUGCGUCAACAAAACGAUGUGCGGGCCUCUGAAGGUCGCCGGACACACGGCCAAUUUGGUCCAGAGUCUCGGUAAAAAAGAGAAAAUGGUAGUGAUCUUCGGCCAUUCGCCUCAGUACGGAUAUUUGAACACCGUGCAAGAGUAUUAUUUCGGAACCAGAGAAUGGCAAGUGGUGGAGACGUCGGGGUACCCCGUCAAGGGGGGAUACGGUCACAGCUCGUCGUACGACCCACUGACCAACUCGAUAUACGUCUACGGUGGCUACGUUUCCGAAUCUCAGAGCACUCAAGUACUGACGAGUCUGCUCUAUUCUUACCACCCUAACUCGCGGGAAUGGAGAUUGCUCACUUCGGCACCGUCCGCGCGAUUCUUUCACACCGGAGUUUUCGUCUCCUCCGGUUUGAUGCUCGUAUUCGGCGGGAACACGCACAACGACACGGUGCAUUCGCACGGAGCGAGGUGCUACUCGUCGGACACGAUCGCCUACGACGUCGCCUGCGACUCCUGGCACCAGUACCCGAUGCCCAGAGAAAUGGCCGAUUUGCCGAGAUACGGCCAUAGCGCGACUAUAUUCGAAAAGUCGAUGUACGUCUACGGGGGAUUCGACGGUCAGAUGCUCGCCGACAUGUUGAGAUUCACCCUUGGAAACUGCGAACAUUUAACCAUACAAAAUCAGUGCAUAAAUGCGAGGACUGGCGUCAAGUGCGUGUGGGACAAGCGGGAGGGGAGGUGCGUACAGAUAUCGAAAAUACCGAGGUACAGUAUACGGAAAGAGGAUACGCACGACGGGACCUACGUGAAAUGCGUCGGCGACACUCCGCCGCGCGGGAUGUCGUCGCACAAGGAACUCUGCAAGGUACAAUCGGAUUGCGCGGCCUGUGUUCAGACAUCGUACAGCUGCGUCUGGUGCGGCAAAAGUUGUUCCCACGAGACAUGCUGGGAUAACGGCAAUUCGCCGACGGUGAAACCGAUCGAACACCUGGAGCAGUGCGAGACCCACUCCGAGGCCAAGUGUCUUCAACUUCACACGUGUCACGCCUGCGCCAAUAAUCAACAUUGCGUGUGGUCGUACGAUCGUUGCAAGCCCCAGUCGAAGACCGGUAACGCCAACGUGAACAGCGUGAACGCUAUAACCGGCGUGAACAACGCGAACGGCAUCGGCAACAACACCGUUGUCCAGGCGCAGGUUCAACCGCUGACGAUGGAUACGUGCGGUAACACCUGCUCGGAGUUUACGUCGUGUAAAAAUUGCACCGAGUUCGAGUGUAUCUGGUGUCAGAAUGAGGGGAAAUGCGUCGACAAGAAUGCCUACCCGGCCAGUUUUCCAUACGGGCAAUGCCGCGAGUGGACGACCAGCGAAGCCAGGUGUCGCGCGACCGAAACCGGACGAGAGUGGUGCAGCUUUUACUCAUCCUGUGUCAGCUGCAGGUCCGAUCCGGGGUGCGGGUGGUGCGACGACGGUUCGGGAACCGGCAGGGGACAGUGUCUGGAGGGAGGCGCCCGAGGUCCCACCGUCGGAGGAACGUCGAUUACCUGUCCCACGGAGGACUGGUUCUUCACAAAGUGUCCGAGCUGCCAAUGCAACGGUCACAGUACGUGUCUUCCAAACAGUAGUGUGUGCAUUCAACCGUGCGCAAAUUUGACACACGGACCGCACUGCGACAAAUGCAUCCCGGGAUAUUACGGGAGUCCGUUGAACGGUGGCAAUUGUCAAGCCUGCGCCUGCAACGAUCAAGGAACCCAAUGCACCAGCGAGACUGGAAAAUGUUUCUGUACGACCAAAGGGAUAACGGGGGAUCACUGCGAAAGGUGCGACGUCAACGGUCGAUACUACGGAGACCCUACAAACAGGGGUUCUUGCUUUUACAAUCUGACCAUCGAUUAUCAGUUUACGUUCAACCUGAGCAAAAAAGAGGAUCGGCACUACACGGCUAUAAAUUUUAAAAAUUCACCACCCAAGCCAGACGUGGACGCAGAUUUUUCCAUAACUUGUUCAGUCCUGGCCAAGAUGAAUAUAACGAUUCAAAAGGCCAAUAGCCCCGAGAAGCCGUUACUUUCGGGAGCAAAUUGUACAACUUAUAAAUACAGAUUCAGCAAAGCUGAUUACAAUUUCGGAAGUGAAGACAACAAUACCCUCACUACCUUCUACGUCUACGUCUAUGAUUUCCAACCACCAUUGUGGAUUCAAAUAUCAUUUUCGCAGUAUUCCAAAUUGAAUCUGCAACAAUUUUUCAUCACAUUCUCCACAGAAUACAUGUCCCCUUACAGGUGUUUCAUGGCGCUACUCCUCGUCGCUGCGGUAUUAUGGAAAAUCAAACAGAAAUACGACAUGUACAGACGUAGGCAGCGACUGCUCGUAGAAAUGGAGCAGAUGGCUAGUAGAGCUUUCAGUCAAGUUUUGGUAGAGAUUGAACGGCGCGACGUCGAUCCGUUGAUCAACGAUCGGUUACCCAACUCAGAGAUGAUAAACAAUACUCGCAAGAAGAAAAAGGAUGCUCCGAGCCCUAUCGCCCUGGAACCAUGCUGCGGAAAUCGCGCGGCUGUCCUCUCGCUUCUGGUGCGACUUCCUACCGGCGGUGAAGCCUAUACACCGGCUGGUCAGAGCGCUGGACUAGCGGUAGCCUCGGCCCUCGUCACUUUGGGUAGCCCGAGAAGGCCUUCGCAGGAAUUAACGGCGAAAGAACCAAAGAAAUCUCGGAAGAGCGUUAGCCAGCAUCCAGACUCGACAUGUAUUUAACGUCAGCUCGUCGAGUCGAUUGGGUUCUCAUCGUACAGAUCUGAGCUCUACCCACGUCUGAGGCAGGGUCGAGGUGAAGGUCGAAGUAUCUCGUCGUAUCGACGACGAAAAAGUUGUUCUCUCCAUGGUAAGUUUCAUCGUUUUACGGUUCACCGAAGGUAGAAUUCCAACGAACUCUUCCUAGUCAGCAAAGUUAUAAGUUUACCCAUGGAAAAACGGUUGCGAUGCGUGGCAAACAUGAUCGAAUUUCCCCUCUUAUUGUUAGAGUUGGGUAGGUAGCGCAGCUGGCGCCGAGAUCCUUUUUGCAUCGCUAGGCGAAGUUAAUAAACGUUUAAAAACAGAGAGAAAAGAAAAAAGCACAUAUCGCGCCCGUGUUGACGACUUGCCUCGUGAGAAUAUCAUUUCUUUUUAAUGAACAUUCAUACAUAUGUACAUACAUAAGUUAUUACGUGCGUAUAGGUGCUCAUACACAUAUAUUUUUUUUUCUCUCGAGCCUCGAUCGGCACUGUGCAAUCUAUUUCCGAGAUUUUACGAUGCGUCAGCUGAAAUUCAAUAUUCUCACGAGUACGGUUGAUAAAUUUUGUGCCUGUCUGCGAAGCAUCCGUUGCACUGGAUUCAUGCAAAGUUUGAAGUGCUCCGAUUGACUGCCUAGAAGUUAAUUUUUCAUCAAAAACUUGAAUAAGAAUUGUACGAUUCGAUUCGUGUUCGUCGGGCCGGAUCAAAAUUGAUCAGCGGCUUACCCGGAUCAUUGAUCAGCCGUCAGAUCAUACGAGUCCACCAUGUCUAAAAACUAGGCAAACCAAUUGACUGACAAUGAGAUAAAUCGAAUCUUCAUCCCAUCGGGUAAUAUGCUCACCUCGAAAGGUUUGCGACAUCUGUUAUAAAUUUCACGUUUUUUUGAACUCAUGAACGAAGGGAACAUACAAAAAGCGAAAAAACACACGAAAUAACAAGUAACAAAGAAAAAAACCGUCAGAUUACUAUAGGUACUACUCUGUAAUAACUGUAAAUAGAUCGAUUGCCUGCAGAUACUGGAUCGGUAUAACCAUAACUAAUUUAUCGGUAUCGUGAAAAUUUGAAAUUUCGGUACGAUGGUUUCGGCUCAUAGUGAACGAGGACCGGUUACGGAUGGUAAAGAAAAAUGAAAAAAAUAAAAAUAAAAAAUAAAAAAUAAAAAAGACAUAUAAAAUACAUUUGCCAAACUUUGGGAAAGGAAAUGUAUUCCAAAAAUGUUGCAGGAUAAACAAUACACGACAGCAAAAAUAGAACAAGGAUACAACUGAUAAUCCUUGACGCUAAAGGAGGGCGUUGCAAUAUCGGAGUGAUGUAAUCUCUAUGUAAAUAAUAAUGCGUGUCCGAAAAGCAAACAAAAAACACCCAAAAAAUAAGACCAGAACUACGAAAGUAUAUAAUAAAUUAGGAAUCUCUUGCAUUUUUGCUUGAUUUUACAGUAUUGGAAGACGUAGACAUGAUACUUCCCUUUAUCACACAUGAUAUUAUACGUUAUACAUAUAAUAAUCAAUAUUCAAAGAAGAAAAAAUAUAUAUGAUAAUAACAAUAAUAAUGAUAACAAAUGAUAAUAGUAAUAGUAAGAAUAAUACAACACGUUCCAUUCAUCAUUAUCAGCUAAUUUGUACAUUAUCAAAAUUUUAUCACCUUAUCAGCGACUCAUUAAGUGAAUUAUUCUGGCCAUUGUACCCAUGAUUAUUCAAAUUUAUCCUUCAUUCUUUUUUUUCCAAGUAAUCACAAUACUCGAUCGAACCACCGUAAACAAAUAAGUUAUAUCGGAUCACAAUUAUCAAAGAAUAUCAAAUUCAAAUUUCCCACUUUUCGUCCUAAUAUCGAAUAUUUAUAUUAACCGACAGCAAAAAUAAAGCUCAUUAUCCCAUCUGUUAUGUUAUACUGUAAAGAUUAGAAUUAUCGUUUUUUCAAUUUAUCGAGGCCAAUGUUCGCGUUUAUUUGUAACUUUUCAUUAGUCAUGUUUCAUUUAAUUUAUACAGGUAUAUACAGUAUGGUACACACGUACUUUACAUACCCUAUACUGCCAACCAAUCAUAUUAUCGCUUUAACGAUUACGUAUAUCAUUACACGCCAAUUCCCAGCAGCAGCUAUUAUAAUAUCUAAACAAUAAUACCAUUUAAUCCGAAUAGCUUCCUCUGUAACUUUUUGUUUUUCCACUCAAUUAUUGAAACAUUAAGAAAAAAACAUAAUCCGCACAUACAAUUCGUCAUUCCAAAAGACUUCUGUCGAUCCAAAAAUUUUUUAACUUAAAAUCAUGCACCGUCUGACAAUGAAUGUACAUAAGCUAUAGGUGUAACGUUCUCUUUUCAUCCGGUUUCAAUGAGAAGGGAGAGGGUGGGACACAAUAAUUAGAAAAAGCAACCGAAAGUACGAUUAAUAUUUUGAUCGUACGAAUUCGUCCAAGAAAGAGCCCGGUUCAUUUACAUUUCUGUCAGUGGGUAUCGUAGAUCGAAAGAAAAUUUCAAACAAAGCUAAGGAAAAAAUCAUAGUGAAUGAGGUGAUGAAAUAAUGAAAUGAUCAAAACAUUUUCCAAUGUGAAAUUUACUCGAUCAUGAACAAAUAUAUGUACCUAUUUACUCUGGAAAAUGUGGUAGUGGUGACUAAAAGUAAACGAAAGCUGAAAAUCAUAGCGACUAAAAAACCAGAAUCUCACAAGAAUUAUGAAUCAGUUAUAACUACAUAUAGGAAUUUAAAACACCAGGUAAAAGGGAAAAAACAAGGAAUCAAAUUUUUUUAAAACCGUACAGUUAAAUGUUGGGUAACUAUUUCAUGUAUUGGAGGCAUAAAAUUUCAAACGAUGAAAAACGACAUUAAUAAUAAUAACAAUAGUAAGAAUUAUAAUGAUAAAUAACGUCACUAUAUUACCUUAUACACAUGUAGUACUUGUAAUAAUCGAAAAUAUUUAUUUUUAUCCGAGCGUAUAAUUAAAUAUGUUUUGAUAAAAAUUACUAUAAUAAUGACUAGAAAAAUAUGGUAACUGAUAUUAUUAUAGGAGAUAACGAUGAUGAACGAUUAGUAUCAAUAACAAAUCUGGGCGUACGGCAAACUAUACAUAAGUAUACACCUAUACGUAUAGUAUGUAUAAAUAUAUUAUCAUAGCAACGUAUAUUAUUAAGAUUAAGUAUGUCAUCGUCAUUGAUAUUAGUAUUACUAUUGUUAUUAUUAUGAUUAUUCUUAAUAUUGACAUUACCCCGGUUAAAAGAUGACAGAAAAAUGAUUUGAAAAAAUAUAUUAUAUGCAGAUUCCGAUUAUCAUUAUCAUUGUCGUUGUUAUUAUUAUUAACACUAUUAAUCUUAAAAUCGUCAUCGUCGUCGGUGUCAUUAUCAUCAUGAUUAUUAACAAUAAUAAUCGAUCGGAUUUCAAAGCGAGAAAAUGUAAGGAGUUAAUCUAAAACUCGAUGAAAAAAACAUGAUAAAAUACAAAGUAUAAAAAAUUAGGCAUCGGGAGGUGGGCGAAAAUCAUCAAAAUGUCAUGUUUUUAUUCUGCGUUUCGAAAGUACUUGAAAUGUAUUAUAUUGACUGCGUAACGAUGAAAUUAUAGCGAUAGCCUAUUGAACAUGAAUGAAAGUUCACGAUCUUCGAGGUGAAUCACGAAAUAAUAGAUUCAACCGAGACAAAGGAAACCCGAGUUGAACAAUUUAGAUUUCUUCAUUGUUAUCUACACGUUCCGGAUAAUGUGAUGACAAAAUAAUGAUGCAGAAAAUGAUCGUUCGAAACAGAUAAAUAAAAAAAAAUGGUCGUAUAGUCUGAAAUGUGUACGGUAUCGUUAUAGUGUACUGUUCGAAUUUCUUCAUUCACUCGUAACUGAAUAAUUCCAAAAGAAAAAAAAACACAUUUAAAAUUCAUUCAAACUUUAUCUACAAUCGAAAUAAAAUCAGCUGAAAUUCGGAAGUUUAGGUAAAUUGACGAUUUUGUUCAUUUUUAACACCCACAAUUUAAUUCUUUUCAUCCCUCGGAUUUGAAACUCUGAAGUUCAAUUUAUAAAUAUUCAUAAUGGUUACGAUGAUGAUCAUGUUAAUGAUGGUAAUAAUAACAACAACAACAACAACAACAACACUGAGAAUAAUAAUAAUAAUAAUAACAACAAUAAUAAUAUGCAAGAAAAAGGGAAAAAAAUAUUAAAAAUUGAGAAAUGCAAAUUGACUGAAACAAAAUAAUGAAUUAAUAAAAAAUAUAAAACAAAAAAUAAAAAACAAAAAAAACGGAAAACCGUAUAGCAGCAACUCUUUGAAACCGAAAGAAUACAACAUAACACAACAUAUUUUCAACUUGUAUAAUGACCUUAUGCUUAUCUAGUCUAUAGUAUACUCUGAUUAACGAGGGUGACGAAUGGGAGAAUCGAAAAUAAUGUAUGAAUAAAUUUUACAUUGCGAAUCACGAUGCGGGCUGGAAUGCAAUUUGCCGAAAAGUAUAAUAUAAUAAUAUUAAAUAAGGUAUAAAUGAAAAUUCGAAUGAAAAAAAAAAAAAAAAUACAAAUCUAAGAAAAAUUUAUUAGAUUACUGUGAUUAGGCAUACAUACAUUUAACAUACUAUACGUCUACAUGUAUAGAUAUAUCCAUACAAUAGCUCAAGCAUUCUUCAAAAAGACUGGCAAAUGGCAUUUCUUUGCGAAAAACGUAUUUUAAAAUCAUCGUGGCCGUAUUUUCGUGCUAGAAUAGCGACAAAUGAAGAAAAAGAGAAAACGAAUUGUGUAUAAAAAAGAGAAAA